UCAGCUGAAAAGAAAAAUAACGAAACGAAGAAAAAGAAAAUUUGAGAUUUCCUUAUGCGGAAAAGAAUUGAAAAUCACCAAGAUCGGUGCCCGGAGCGCUCAAAACUGACGUCAUCUUUCAGGUCACGUGAUGGUAAGCCAAUAGAAAAAAAAAACGAGGGCUUGGAAAAAAAGGGGAAAAAAAAAAAAUAACAACCACCCACUAAGCGAGGAACACACGAGUGUGAGUGUGUGUGUCUAUGUGAAGGAACAAGGAGAGAGAAAGAGAGAGAGAGAGACGGGUGAGAUCCAGUGCUCCUCCUCCCUAAAGUUUCCACGGCUUCGACUGAAACUGGACGAAACUGAGGGCGAAAGUUCUGUACCAGUAGUGAAAAGUCAGUUGGAGCGGGCAGUCAAACGAUCUCGACUACAUUACAAGAGCGUGAACCAACGAACGAAUCCAACGACUUUAUCCGAUCAGCGGCCAUCAUGUCGUCCGUCAGCGGUGAACCGCGUCAUCCUCCCGUAGUUUCGAGCGUGUGCACCGAUCACGGCAUUUACUCGGGCACGCUAGUGGACCCGAUCUCGGCCAACCUAGAACACGGCCAGCAUAGACGACUUAGCGCUUCCUCGUCAUCGUCGUCCGUGACGGACACAAGCGAUCCCGCCGUCCGCCGUGUUGUCUACAACCUUUAUCGCGGCCUGCUGGGCACCUACAAUGACAAAGCCAACGAUAUCAUCAGCGCCAUGCCGCCCGAAAUGGUCCGCGAAGAUCACGGCAUUGCCAAACAUAUCGAGAGCAUGAUACGUCAAUCGGAAGAAAUCAAGAGCGGCGUUAGCCGCAGGAGCAGCAGUGCAAAUAUUGGCCCGUUUCUAUCAGGUGGCAAAAGCAGUGUUCACGCCUCGCCAGUUGGUAGGCCUAUAGAGACCAGUAACAUGGACGCCCCAGCCGGCCUAGGACUCGAAGGUGGAGUCGCGCUUCAGGGCAUGAUGGCAGGACCACCUCCACCACCACCACCGCCCCCUCCUCCACCUAUGCCCAGCAGCCAUGGACCCGGUAAUAUGCCGGCAAUCAGAAUCAAUACGGAGAUGGGAGGCGGGCCAAAUUCGGCGGGAAGAGCAGGUGGAGGUAAACAUGUACCAGGUGGCGGGGCACCGUUUAGCUACAUACCGCCGUCUGCCAUUCAAAACGCCAUGAUGACCAAAGACAAAAAACCGUUCACGUAUACACCGGGCGGCAUUGAUUUUUUAGCCGAGAUCCGUUCUCCGCGUAUGCAACGUCGCAUAUCCAAAAACGCAGCCGACGAAGGCGUUUCUAGCCAUCCCCAUCCGACACCGACCAAUCCUCCUGGAUCGUCGCCGACGCCGUCUCACUUAAGUCCUCAAGCUCUAAUGGCCAUGCAGCCUCAAAUAGCUGUACCCGUCUUUCCGCCGACGCCUCAGCAAAUGCCUGUUCUGCAUUCGCCCGCUAUGCACUUACCAGUAACUCCUCCAACGCCCACAGUGGUGGCCACCUCUCCGCUUCCUCCCCCUCCGCCGCCGUCGCAUCAGAAUUACAUCCAGCAGCAGAGUGUGGAAUCUUCGCCGCCACAGCCAAUGCGCAUCAACUUGAAGCCAGCGGUGCCGCAGUUUUUGCAAUCGCAACCCCAGACGCAAUCACCGGAGCAGAUGUUCGAAGAAAUUAUGAACUCUUUGUCGGCCAGGAGCGCUAGCAGUCAGGCUCAGUGUUCUAUUCCGGCCACUUAUACUCCACAACAGCCGGUUGUUGCUCCAGCGCCAGUAGCGCCAUCCGCUCCGACUACGGUACCGACUCCGGAGCGUCGAAACACUCAGUUGGGAUCAAUUUACAUCCCACCAGUAAACAACAAUGCUGCUAGCGGGAGUCCUAACACUAGCAACAACGCGAAUAGCAAUGGGCCAAGCGGACCUUUGUCCCCACUAGCAUCGGCUCAGUUGGCCAAGGCACCAAUGCCAUGGAUGAAUUCGCAGAAUCGGCCUUCUAGUUCUCCGACUCCAGUAUUCGUCCACAAUCAACAGCAGCAACACGAACGAGUUAUCCCUGUCGAUCGAGAAGAGAAUGUAAAACCGUUUCAAACUGCGGCUUCCGCAUCGGGGAACGUCCGCGUCGUUCCAAUCGCAGUUGAAGGAGGCCAUGCCGGGGGUACAGCCACGAGGGCCCCUCCGACGCCGCAAAGGAGUGUCUCGUCUGUUAAAGAUGAAACCGUCCAUCCACCCUGGCAUAACGCACAGGGCAAAGUUAUACCAAUUUACUUGGAGAGUAGUGGAUCGGGAGUUAAUACUAGUAUGACUCCAGUUACCGUUCAAAGGCAACCAGAUGCUCAACAAAGCUAUCAGCCGCAACAACAACAGCAAGCUCCCUGGCGGACGCAAGCUGCUGCCAACGCCAAUCAAAUUGCAUCCAUGAUGGACGAAUUGAUGAUGUCGCCAACAAAUAACGGGCGUCAACAGCAGGAACAGCACCACGAAUCGCCCUCGAAUCCGAUGGCAGCUGGAACUUACAGUCGUGCUGCCAGUGUCGAACAACCUCGCGGACAGCCGACACAAUCACGCUCCUUUCGCAUCUUACAGAUGAUCCACGAUCCAGCCGACGAUUCAGCUGAUGCUGAAGCCGAACCAGCUGAGAGUUCCGGACGUUUAUCACGUUCCUCUAUUGGCAGCAACAACAGCGGUGGCACAAGCGGUGGUCGCUUAUCCCAGCAUUCUGGGCCACCGCCAGUCGGUGAACGUCGCUUGAACCUGACUCAGGAUGAUCGUGAACUCAUGGACAUGUUCCGGUCACAAGUGAACGAAGAGCACUCGUUGCAUCAAGAAGUUGAUCCGCGUUAUCGCGGCUCGCACAUCCCAUCGCGAGCUUUCCGCAUUUUGCAGAAUUUCACCGCUACCGAUUCGUCCGCCGCUGAGGAUGCAUAUCAACAGCAGCAGCAAAUGAACCGUGCUCAAGCUAACAAUCCGAUGCCAUCCAACGUAGCAGGCACAGCAACAAACAUUAAUCGUGGGCCACCUAGCGAACAGAGUGAACCCGAACCCAAAAAGUACAUGGGAGGAAACAUCCCAUCGCGGUCAUUUCGAAUGCUACAAGCCAUGACUUCUCUGGAUCCUAAUGAAGGUAAAUCCGACCUCUGAAAAUCGUUAGAGCAUUGCAGUUUAGACCGGUUUGACUUCCGAAUCCGCAAGUGCCGAACCGACAGCGUGGGACACGUUUAAUUUCUUUCUUCUGCGUCUUUCCGCAUCACCUCAUUAUUACUGAACUAAUCAACUUCGAAUGUUCCUGUCAUCGAUCCGAUUUUUAUCAUUAUAUACCGUGCCUUUUUCACUCGGAUGCAUUCACAUCGGAUCUGAAAUCUUCAAUCUUUUGCCUUUAUUACUUUUGUUUCUCACAUCAACGCGAACUUCAGCAUGGUUAUUCGUCUCUAAUAAGUAUUCGUCUUUUUGAUUGAUUUCAAUUGGAUUCAAUACCAUUUGCCCAUUUUGAACAAAAAUAACCAAUCAUCUUUAAUUUGUUGAAAAAUGUGAUUUACAUAAGAAGAAUUGAAAAUAGGCAACCACAACAAAUUUAAUACAAAACUGAAAAAAAACAAACAAGCAAGAGAAAUAAAACAAGACAAAUAGAAAAUUUGGUUGAGAUAUCAUUCUUCUAGUGUGACCACCGCGAAUAGUUUUUCUUUUAUAGCUCAUGUAUUGGGUGGUGACGUUAUACUGCGAAAUCUUGCAUAUAGGAAUAUUGUUAAACUAUGUACUGAAACACAAGCUUAUAUAAUAAAAUCAUCGUUUGGGUUGCAACUA